AUGGGUGUCGCCAAACGCACUCGAAAAUUCGCCCAGGUUAAGCGUAUAAUUGGAAAGCGCGAUGCCAGGUUAAAACAGAACCAGGGCAAAGAUGCGGCUAUCAACAAGAAGAAGGCAGCUGAAGCCGCUACCGAUGAGGUUGUGAGAGAAGUGAAGGAGAUGCCUGUUCAAAUGUUCUUCUCUCACAAUACCGCCCUUGUUCCUCCCUACAACUGCCUCGUUGAUACCAACUUCAUCACGCACUCCGUCCAGCGGAAGCUGUCUCUUGUCCAGGCUAGCAUGGAUCUCCUUUAUGCCAAGGUCAACAUGUAUAUCACCACAUGUGUUCUUGCCGAGUUGGAAAAGCUCGGACCCAAGUAUAGGUUGGCUCUUCGUGUUGCCAAGAGUGAGAAUUUCGAGGUUCUCAAGUGUCAACAUAAGGGUAUCUAUGCCGAUGACUGUAUCUUCGAUCGUGUCUCGAAAUCCCGCAUCUUCAUUGUUGGGACAGACGACAAGGAUCUUCAGAGGCGGUUGAGGAAGAUUCCUGGCGUACCCAUCAUGAAGGUAGGCAGGGGAAAGUAUGUGAUUGAGAACAUGCCGGGUGCUCCUCAAUGA